UGCCUCCCCAGACACUUCCUUCAGCUCCUCUUGGGGAAAGCCUGGGGUGUUCUAGGGUCAGCCAGGAAAUAUAGUCCCUCCAGUGUGUCCUGCACCAUCCCCUGGGACACAUCUCAUGGGAUGUGCCUGAAACACCUCCCGAGGAAUGCAUCCAGGAGGCAUCAGACACAAAUGUCAGAGCCACCACAGCUGAUUCCUCACCUGGCAAUGGAGAAGCAGCUCUACUCCAAGCUUCUCCCAGAUGAGUUCAGCCGAUUCCUACACUAGUCGACCCUCUGAUUCCGACCUGUCCCUGGAGGAAGACCAGGAGGCGUCUCGGCGUGAAGCCGAGCGCCAGGCUCAGCUGCAGCUGGAAAGAGCCAAGUCCAAGCCAGUAGCAUUUGCAGUGAAAACCAAUGUGAGUUACUGUGGGGCCCUUGAUGAAGAUUGUCCAGUCCAAGGUGCUGCUAUUAAUUUUGAAACCAAAGACUUUCUGCACAUAAAAGAGAAAUACAACAAUGACUGGUGGAUUGGUCGACUGGUGAAAGAAGGGGCUGACAUCACAUUCAUUCCAAGCCCGGUAAAACUGGAAGCCAUGCGGAUAAAACAAGAACAGAAAGCAGCUGCCAGGAAAGGAGGGAACGCAUCAUCAGGAGGCUGGAGGUCCACCCCUCCAUCUGCAGCUUUAGUGGUGUCAUCAACUCAGAUGAGGGGUUCAGCCCUUAGUAGCAGUACAUUAUUCCUCCAUAACACAUCCAUGCUAAAGCUAGUGGAGCUCGGGUACGGGCAUGAGGUUCAUGGAAAGGACAAUGUGACCGACAUGAUGCAGAAAGCCUUGUUUGACUUCCUUAAACACAGAUUUGAUGGCAGGAUCACUAUUACACGGGUGACCGCUGAUCUGUCUCUGGCGAAGCGGUCGGUGUUGAACAAGAAGGCCAUAAUGGAGAGAUCCAACACCCGCUCCAGUCUCGCUGAAGUCCAGAGUGAGAUAGAGAGGAUUUUCGAGUUGGCAAAGUCUCUUCAGCUGGUUGUCCUGGAUGCAGAUACCAUCAAUCAUCCGGCCCAGCUCCUUAAAACUUCUCUGGCUCCAAUUAUUGUCUACGUUAAAGUCUCCUCACCCAAAGUUCUUCAGAGGCUGAUAAAGUCUCGAGGAAAGUCCCAAAGCAAGCACCUCAAUGUCCAGAUGAUGGCCGGAGACAAGCUGGCUCAGUGUCCUCCUGAGAUGUUUGAUGUGAUCCUGGAUGAGAAUCAGCUUGAGGAGGCAUGCGACCACCUUGCAGAGUACCUAGAAAUUUACUGGAGAGCUACACAUCUUCCAUGCGCUGCCCCAGUUAAUGCUUUACAAGACCAAAAUCUAGUCACCCCACCUUCAGCUAACUCCAGUCAGCAGUUUUCAGAGACUCAAGAGUUGAUAGAAUGAUCCCAGCCCCAGAUGUAGGAGCAGCCUGUGCGAUCAGCAGCAGUCAGAAUAGUCAAGACACAAACAGCAGGGACCACCAGGGGGCAGCAGCGGUCCUCCUCUUGUUAAAUCCAGUCACUACCUUCUGCACAUCUUCUAAAGAGAAAAGAGCAGGGUCAUUGUAAUGAUUAAAAGAGCAGAAGGCUGGUGAGCUGGGGGAGAAGAAGAAAUAAACACAGGGAGGAAGAUGAAGAUGCAACCAACCGCAGCCUCACUGCUGCCCCAGGGGUUAGAUAUCCCUGAUCCCACCAUCAAGUGAUAACUCAGGGCCGCUUUCUGCAGUGUCAAAAGCACUGGUUAGGAGACUGGUGGAACAGCACAGUCACUGUUCACCUUCUAACCACCAAUCCUCCCAUGUCAGCCUUCCUCCUAUUAAGACACUAAAAAUUGAUCCGUAAUUCAUCCCUCACUGGAGAUGCAUCACACAAAUAAAGGGUUAAAAUAUGUUAGUCCAUGGUAAAGCUGGUAAAGAAAAGCUGUUAGCACAACGUCCAUGUUUCCAGUGUAAGGCUCCUAGGGUUUAAUGUCUGAUACACCUUGCUUCCCUUUCUGGUGAGGAGGAGCAGAGAGUGACAGAAAAUCAAUUCUGUAUGUCUUCCAUGUCUGCAGCUUUAAGUGAGCUGUCAUUUCAAAUGUUAAACUCAAAUCCUUCCUUAAAAGAACGAUUGCUUCUGCCAGAGUCAUUGCAGAAUCCCAUUUGCAUGGACACACAAUGAAAAUGAGCAAAUCUCAUCAUUCUCUUGUCUCUCACUUUUACUUCUGGUUUAUCAAGUAUUCUUCUUUCCAUCUGUUUAAAAUCAAAGCAGUCUAUUAAAUUAAACUAUCUGUAUCUCAUAUCUUGGCUGUCAGUAUACGCAAUGUAUAUCUCUACAUAUAGCCUUUAUGCAAAUAAUGUAUAACAAGCACAGAUAGUGCACAGUCCUUGACGCUGCUGGGAAUUUAAGAUUAAUCUUAUAAGUUUCUAAAAGAGAGUCCUCAUAGUAAAAAUGUGCAGCUGGUUGGAAGUAAAUCCUUAUCAGUUCACCUUCAACACAACAAAACACAGUCACAACUGGCCACAAUUAUCUUUUGACAUAAAAUGGUGUAUCUACUCAAGUUAUUCACACCUUUACCUGUCUGAAAGAAACGAUGAGGUACUUGCAAAGUUUUAAGAAUCAAUUUAUCAAAUCCUUAUUUCUGACAGUCUUAUAUACACGGAAGCCCUUGCCGGGGGUGCAUCUUAAUGUAAUAUGACUCAUCCCUUAUGUUAGCAUCCUGGAAGGGGUGCCAGGGCUUGGCCCUGGAUUAGUGGUUAUAGAGCAGGGCGUGUUUGUCCUGGAGAGUUGAAUUAAACCCGUAGCUGUCACUCUUGGUGAAGCCCUCAUUAACCCCACAAUUCUCUGUGGGUGCUGCAAGCUGCCUACGGGAUGGAUUAAAUGCAGAAGGCAAACUUGGUUGUAAUGCACAAACAAAUAUUUUCCAGUCAGUUUCAGGAGCUGGCCUUACCUAACACGGUGCUGAGACCACCUUAUGUUUUGAUUGAGUUCGGAGGCAGGGUAUGCACAAGGAGCUAUUCUUUUUUCUUUUAUUUAAAGUUUAUUUGGUAAGGACAGACACACAUCAACAUAGACAAACUGAAAAAAACAGCAGUCCCUUGUUUGCAUCAUUGUUAAAUAGCAGCAACAAAUUUGCAGCACUUGUCGUGCUAAAAACACCUCCGGUUGUACCAUUACAGGCAAAAAGAAAAUUGACAAUUCACUAUAAGUUUAUCGUAGUUUCGUAAUGUUAUAGUUUGUCAUAAUUUUUUUUAUAUAUAUAUAACAUUCACUGAAGAACUGGAAAAGAAGGCUCAUACUUCUACAUAAAUUACACCUAAAGCUAGAGUCCAAAAGUAAGACAAGCACAAAUAAAUAUUUGAAUAUUAUUUACAUAUAUAAUUACUAUCUGAUACCUGGCAUUGGAUUGAGACAUCAUUUACAAUAUAUUCAUAGCAUUUGUUCAUAGGCUACAUUUUACUAAAAAAAAUUAUUUUCAAAUUUUAAUGACUUAGUGCCUAAACGUUUACAUACCUUCCCAUGAAAAAAAUGUUAAAUUUUAAUAUUUCUAAGGAACAAACUGUCCCAGACAAAUUUAAGUACCUUUUUCAUGAACAGUGAACAAAAAUGCCUUUCAACUGGUACGGAAGUCUGAGUAAACGUAACAGAAAACACAUGAUUCCAGAGAUGCCUUUAGUUCAGGAGCUGCAUCAGACUUUACUUUUUUUACCUCUUUUAUUUGUUAUUAUCAUAUCAAUGUCAAAAUUCAGGACUUCUUUUAAUAUUUUUAUUCAUUAUUACUUUAAAUUUAUUUUUCUGGCAGCUGACUUUUUUUCUAUUUUUGAUGGAAAGAUAUGUAAACUUUCAAG